CCAUGUAUUAAUAAUGCUAAUGGUGAGCCCCGUCUUAAAAAAACCAUGCACUUGAUGCCCAGUUCGGAAUAUAGAGGCUCUGGCUGUUAUUUAUCAGCGCAGUACCAAUGGUGUGAUGCAUAGACUGGGAUUCGUUUGGCCUUCGGAUACCGGUUGUGUUCCCUUCUGAAGACGGCUUCCCCGCCACGAUAUAACCUGGCAACAGCGGUUGGCCAUAAAGUCGCAUAUUUCCAAGCAUCGCCACUUUGGCGUUGUCUUGCGUCAUUUCGACUCUCACAAACUAAUCCUCCGAACUGGGAUUACCAGAAGCAGUAUUUCUACCCCUCGAUCAAUCCAAUCCCAUUGGCAUCAAUACGUGUAAAAAGACUGGGUACCUACUCAUGGCAGACACAAUUAGCCUUCGUAUUGCCAUCAUUGGGGCGGGGAUCGCAGGGCUCACGACGGCUAUCGCUCUUAAGCAUCAUCCUUCGAUUGACAUCCAGAUAUAUGAGCGAGCUUCUGAACUACGAGAGAUCGGUGCGUCCAUUGCACUUGGACCUAAUGGCAUGAGGACUCUGGAUAAACUUGGAGUGCAGAAUGCUCUUGACGAGUCCAUUGCCUUCCGGAACAAGUCACGGCUCCCCAUGAUCUAUCGUCACUACAAAACGAACGAGGUGGUCUCGACCGACUCGCAUCGCGGCGACGUUGACUUCCGCCAUCUCACCGCCCGCUUCUACCGUGCUCACCUCCAAGAGGCCCUCCUUGAACAUGUCGACAAUACUCGAGUUCACCUCUCCAAGGCCUUCCAUUCCGUCAUCUCAGAUACCGCAUCCAAGAAGCUGGUCAUAACCUUCACAGACGGCACAACUACCACGGCCGACGUCCUUCUCGGGGCAGACGGGAUCAGCUCCGCCGUCCGCAGAUUCUUUGUUUCUACCUCGGCCCCAACCUGGACCGGCUGGGUGGCCUUCCGCUCCGUGUUUCCCAUUUCCCACGUCGCCCACAUUCCGGACCUGCCCGACGAGGCGACUCACAUCUGGGGGCCGGACCGGAGCAUCUUCAUGUCCAAAUUAGGCAGAGACCUAUUCACCGUCGUCGGGUCGUCCCAGAGUGACCCGUCUGCCCACGAUGCUCCUUACAAAGAUGCGAUGUGGGACUCUGACGGGGACGUCAACCAGCUGAAACAAUAUUAUCAGGACUGGAGCCCUCUAGUUCGCGCCGUGGUCGAUGCAGUUCCAUACACCAGGAUCUAUCCAAACACCGCUGGUCACGGUCUCGACUCCUGGGUCCUCGGUAGCGGGAACGUAACGCUGGCGGGAGAUGCGGCGCAUGCGCACGGAGGAGCCUUUGCGGCGGGCGGGAGCUUGGCGAUUGAUGAUGCCUGGGCCUUUGCGGCUUCAAUCCUGGAGGUCUUCCCCGCGUCCGCAACUACGGCGCCUUCAGAGGGAGAUAUAGCGAGAGCCCUGGAUCUGUACGAGAAGACGAGGAAAUCUCAUACUGACCGCGUGCUGAGGACGGUGCAUCAAGGAAAUAAGAAAAAGCUAGAUCGUGUUAGUAAGGUCGAAACGGACGAGGAGCUGAGAGCACGGAUGAAGAAUCGGGAAGAUCCGGCCUGGAUACAUGAGCAUGACGUUGAAGCUACAUUUGCAAGUGUGCUAGUUGCGGAGGAGAAGAGGGUUUAUGGACAGGCAAGGUUGUGACGAGUUGGUUCCGGAGCGGGAUACGCCAUUGAUGGUUAAUUAUACUUCGUCAUUCUAC